AUGGCGACUCUCUAUCCUCCCCCCAGCAAGCGCCAAAAGCUCGUCCAGGCCGAUAAGGCUCGUGAGCAGCAGGAGAUUGAAAGUAUUCCGACCGAUUUGGGCAGCAUCCGAGUUCAAUUCUUCGACCAAGCAACCGGCCAGCCCACCGGCCCUGCCGUGUCAGUUCCAGUCGCCGAUGCGAACGUGAAGAACCUUGAGACUUUGCUUAACACGUUACAAGGAAAUGAGGACGAUGGACGAGUACCGUACCGCUUCGCCUAUCAUUCCGAAAAAGAAGAACAAACGAUCGACAUUCUCCGCGAUGUGUACCACUCGCUACUCCAACCCGGAAUUAAGACCACAGAAGAUACAGUCUCUCUCUUUUACACACCGCAGGCGGUUUUCCGCGUGAAAGCCGUUUCGCGAUGCGCGGCUUCCAUCGCGGGCCACGGCGAAGCAAUCCUAGCAACAUCCUUCUCUCCAAUCUCAUCCUCCACCAUGGUCUCCGGAAGCGGAGACGGAACAGCUCGCAUCUGGGACUGCGACACUGGAACCCCAGCACAUACGCUCAAGGGCCACACCAGCUGGGUGCUGGCCGUCGCAUACUCGCCGAACGGCGCCAUGAUCGCGACCGGCAGCAUGGACAACACCGUGCGGUUCUGGGAUGCCAAGAAGGGCGCGGCACUAGGCGGGGGCCUUAAGGGCCACUCGAAGUGGAUCACGAACCUGGCGUGGGAGCCUUACCACGUGCAGGAGUCUGGGCGGCCGCGUCUGGCCUCUGCGUCAAAGGACUCAACAGUGCGCGUGUGGGACGUUGUCUCGAGGGUAACUGACCAUGUGCUCACCGGCCACAAGUCGUCGGUCACGUGUGUGAAAUGGGGUGGUACUGGCAAGAUCUAUACUGCGUCUCACGACAAAACGAUCAAGAUUUGGAACCCGAAGGAUGGUACCCUGCUGCAGACCCUGGCGGCCCAUGCCCACCGGGUUAAUCACCUUGCGCUGUCGACGGACUUUGCGCUUCGCACUGCGUACCAUGACCACACUGGUAAGGUCCCUGUGACGGAGGCUGAGAAGGUUGCGGCGGCCCGGAAGAAGUUCGAGGAGGCGGCGACGGUGAACAACACCAUUGUCGAGCGCUUAGUCUCGGCUAGUGAUGAUUUCACGAUGUACCUGUGGGAGCCGUCUACUUCUAGCAAGCCCGUUCAACGUAUGCUGGGUCACCAGAAGGAGGUGAACCAUGUCACCUUCUCACCGGACAUGGCCUAUAUCGCCUCGGCUGGAUUCGACAACCACGUUAAGCUGUGGAACGGUCGUGACGGAAAGUUCAUUACCACCUUCCGUGGCCACGUGGGUGCAGUCUACCAAUGCUGUUUCUCCGCAGACUCUCGUAUGCUGGUGUCGUCGUCCAAGGAUACCACUCUGAAGAUCUGGGAUUUGCGCACCGGUAAGCUCAAGAUGGAUCUCCCGGGACACAAAGACGAGGUGUUUGCCGUGGAUUGGAGUCCCGAUGGACAAAAGAUCGGCAGUGGCGGCAAAGACAAGGCUAUUAAGAUCUGGCGCAACUAG